AUGAAAUCAAUUUCAUUUUAAGGUAACAUCUCUAUUUAAGAUUUAUCUAAAAAAGGAAUCAAUUUAAAUCUUGAAUUCAAACUUUCUGAUGAUUAAUAUGUUCGAAAUAUUCUACCUUUAAGAAUUUAAAAUUUUGAAAUUAAACGAUUAGAAUGGAGAGAUUUUAUUGGAAAACCAGAUGACUAAUCCCCUUGGAUUGCUCAUUGUUAUUGGAAUAAUUCUUAUGAAUAUUAUUUUGCUCAAGAUAAAGAAUAAUUUAAUUAUCGAGAAUAAUCUCCAUUACGUUUACCAAGAAUACCAUUACAAUAAAUUAAUCAAGUUAAUUAAUUAAAUAUCAAAACUGAAAAUGUUAGAACAGCUAGUGUUAAUAAAAUCAAAAGAUUACCUACUCCAAACAUUAGUAAUUCACCUUAAAGAACAAUUAGUAGAAGUAAUUCUAGCUCUGCUUUAAGAAAAUAAUCUCCAAAUGUUCCCAAAAUAAAAUUGAGUGUUAAAUGUAAAUUUCUUGAGAAAUCUUGGGCUAAAUAAAAAAAAGAUGAACUAUUAUUAGAACAUGAAACAGGACAUUAUUUAAUUGGAUGUCUUUCUGCUUUAGAAUUUAAGAAAAAAGUAGAAUCCUCUGAUGUAAUUAAGUCAAAUAAUCAUUAAUAAUAAAUUAGAAAUAUCUUUAAAUAAAAUUUAAAGGAAUAUAUUCAAAUAGAAAAAGAUUAUGAUGAAGAAACAAAUCACUUUAAAGAUGUGGAAAAAUAAAAAAUGUGGAAUAAAAAAUUGAAGGAACAAUUACUAUUAUAUUAAUGUUAUUUUAAUCAUUGA